CUGUGGGGAGCUUUCGGGAAAGGAGCAUAAUCCGCACAUCACGCUCUUGGUAAUCUGACAAACAUAUGAUUUUGGAUUCAGCGGCAUUUGACAGUUUAGCGGGAAGUGGGAUGGAGUCGGUAUGUGGCUGGGUUGGUAUUGAGGCAAAAAUCCAAAACUUCCGGACAAUUUAAAAACAAUCAUGAGACUGCGGCAAGCCGCUCCGGUGCUGCACCAAGCGCGGAGAAGGAUAUCGGCACUCUAUGUGACCGGUGAUAAGGCAAAGGAAAACUAUGCUGUGCUCACACCUUACAUGGAGUUUUCGAAGACGUUAAUCGACGAACAGGACGCUCUACGUGAUAAUAUAGCCAAACGUCGGCUAAACUUGAACCCCGAUGAGGUGCUGAAAAAAUACGAAGUUUACAGAUCGAAAGAGACUUUAAAGGCCGACUUGGAAUUAAGGAGAGACCAAAUUGCGAAAGAAAUAAAGGAGCUGCAAAAAACGAAACAAGAUGAGUCCAUUCUUCAAGCAAAAAAACACGAGGGGGUCGAACUUCGGAAUUCACUGAAAUCAUUGAAGGAAGAACUAUAUCCAAUCGAAGAUGACUUUGUCCACAAUUUCCUGAAACUACCAAAUGGAUUAUGUCAAAAGACUCCAGUGGAUGAGUCGAGAAUUAUUUACCGUCAAGGUCUUCCAAAGAGCAUCCAAGAGCCCCAUAGUCAUUUAGAUCGCAAAGAUCUGAUCGACUACCGCGACCCAACAUGCUAUUAUUUGAAGAAGGAAGCUGCCCAUUUCGACUACUAUACACCAUUCAAUUGCGUUCAGCGUUUCCUCGAUUCGGGCUAUGUGCAAUUCGUCAAUCCUGACUUUGCACGAACACUUUUACUUGAAGCUGCGUCUAUCGACUUAAAUCAAAUCGAAAUCGUUGACGAGGAAGAUAUAAAGGAGUCGAAAGUUAAUUUGCUGCAUUUAACUGGAGGUGGCUCAGUUGCCAGCUUCCUGGGCUUCAUUACAAAGCUUAGUAUUUUUCCAACGUUUUUACCACUUCGUUUCGUAGCAAGUGGACGUGAAUAUAUCAUGCAAGAUGAAAAACCGCACCGGGGACUUUUCACCGCCACACAAUCAAACUGCAUACAAACAUUCAUCGCUGCCCGAGAUGAAGAUGAAUUGGAUAAGGAAGUUGAAACCGCGCUUGGAUUGGCAAUAGAUCUGUUCCGUGAACUCGACACUCAUUUUAGAAUUGUUUACCUGCCAGCCCACCAACUUACGGGUGCAGAGAGUCUAAGGGCGUCAAUUCAAAUGUAUUCGCCAAUUUACAAUGAGUAUAUUGAAGUUGGGCAUCUGAGUAACUAUUCAAAUUAUGUUUCGAAACGACUGUUGUUUAAUUUCAAAGACGGAAAAUCACAUAAAUUCCCAUAUAUUGCUGCGGGUUCUAUAAUGAAUGUUACGAGAAUUAUAGCGUGCCUACUCGAAAACGGAAGGGCCCUAACCGUUCCACGUUCUAGCUCAGAAAAAGACGUAGAUGCUAUAAAAGAUUUUAAAAAUUUAUUUGCGUAGCGCACUAAAACUUAUAUAAUAAAAUAACAACAUUUUUAUUUUUAUGUAAGUACAAAAAUUUAAUAACUUAAUAAAACAUAGAAACGAU